CGCUUGCGUACUCCGACGGCCAGGCGCGGGGAAGGGGAGUCCGGCCGAUUUAACCCCCGAGCGCGCUGCUGGUGGGAGGCGCGGGCUGGCGCCUGUGUGCCCGGUGGUCCCCUUCAUGUCGAGCAGUCUGCACCCGCCCCGUGACCAUGAUCGUGUUUGUGAGGUUCAACUCCAGCCACGGUUUCCCAGUGGAGGUCGAUCCCACCACCAGCAUCUUCCAGCUCAAGGAGGCGGUUGCUAAGCGACAGGGGGUUGCCGCUGACCAGCUGCGGGUGAUUUUCGCGGGGAAGGAGCUCGGCGAUGACUUGGUGGUGCAGAGCUGCGACCUGGACCAGCAGAGCAUUGUCCACGUGGUGCUGAGACCCAGGAGAGGAGGCCAGGAAGUGACCCCCCCUGGCGGGGCGCAACCCCGGAGCACCGCGGGGGCCUCUCAGAGGGGGCCCGAGAGCUUGACUCGCGUGGACUUCAGCGGCUCUGUCCUCCCGACCGACACGGUGGGUCUGGCUGCCAUUCUGGAUGACGACCGGCAGAGCGAUGCGCCGCCCGCCGGACGCGCAGCAGGGAGACCGGCCUACAACAGCUUCUACGUUUACUGCAAAGGCGCCUGUCACCGAGUGCAGCCGGGAAAGCUCAGGGUGCGGUGCGGCACCUGCCAGCAAGCCACGCUCACCUUGGCCCAGGGCCCGUCCUGCUGGGAAGACGUCCUAAUCCCAAACCGGAUGAGGGGCGAGUGCCAGUCUCUGAACUGCCCUGGGACAAGAGCGGAAUUUUUCUUUAAAUGCGGAGCACACCCGACCUCUGAUAAAGAAACAUCAGUGGCUUUGAACCUGAUCACAACGAACAGCCGAAAUAUCCCCUGCAUAACGUGCACAGACACCAGGAGCCCGGUCCUGGUUUUCCAGUGCAACUUCCGCCACGUGAUCUGCUUGGACUGCUUCCACCUCUACUGCGUGACCAGGCUGAACGACCGGCAGUUCGUCCACGACCCCCAGCUGGGCUACUCUCUGCCGUGUGUGGCCGGCUGCCCCAACUCCUUGAUUAAAGAGCUCCAUCACUUCAGGAUUCUCGGAGAAGAGCAGUACGACCGGUACCAGCACUACGGCGCUGAGGAGUGCGUGCUGCGGAUGGGGGGCGUGCUGUGCCCCCGGCCGGGCUGCGGGGCCGGGCUGCUGCCGGAGCCGUGGCAGAGGGAGGUCGCCUGCGACGCGGGCGACGGCCUGGGCUGCGGGCUCGUCUUCUGCCGGGACUGCGGGGAAGCGGCGCACGAAGGCGAAUGCAGCGCGCUGGCCGCCUCAGCAGCAGCGACUCAGGUCUACAGAGUGGACGAGAAGGCGGCCGAGGAGGCCCGGUGGGAGGAGUCCUCCAAAGAGACGAUCAAGAAAACCACCAAGCCCUGCCCCCGCUGCCGGGUGCCGGUCGAGAAGAACGGAGGAUGCAUGCACAUGAAGUGCCCACAGCCCCAGUGCCGGCUGGACUGGUGCUGGCACUGUGGCUGCGAGUGGAACCGCACCUGCAUGGGCGACCACUGGUUCGACGUGUAGCUGCCGCGGAGCACGCCACCACCGGGCUCGGGACACGGCGUCCUGCCGGCACCAGCGGCUCUUCCUUUCCCCACACACACGCACAGAGACAUACACUCUGGCUCAGGCACACAUAUGCACACGCAUCCACACCUGCAUGCUCGUGCAUGCACACAUAUGCCAUGUACGCACCCACACACAUGCACACCUACACACCCACAUGUGUGUGUCAUGUAGUGUGUGCUUGCACACGCAUGCAUACACACAAGACCCACAUGCACACACAUGCACAUAUGCACAUGUGUUUGUAUGUACUCGUGUUAUACAUGCAACACACCCGUGUGUGUUCUCGCAUGUGCACCCAUACAUCCAUAUACACAUAUGCAUGUGUGCACACAUGCAUUGUACACAUGACACACAUGCAUGUAUGCAUACGUUCACGCACAUGCACGUGUUUCCCACAUGUGCACGCACGUGCACGCAUGCAUGCCAUUCUUCCCAAAAUCACAACAGCAGGCACAAGAGCAUCCCCGGCCUCCCUUCACCAUCCCUGUGAAAACCAGCAGACCGGCUGCGAGACCAGCAGGGAGGCGUCCCGGGCAUCAGCGGCGCCCCAGCCAGAGCUCAGAGGCGGCGCGGCCCGCCUCUCGGAGGCGCUGUCCCUCGUGCGCGGACUCGUGGCAGGCUGGGCUAGCACGGAGCACGAGCUUCCGCAGGGUUAGUCUCCGGCACUGGACCUGCAGCCGGCACUGGGAAGCAGCCACCCAGCGGUGGGAAACUGCUCGGAGGGUCCGUUGCGGAUUCUCAGAACCCUCUUCCCCGCUGUUGGGCCGACGCUCUGAUCUACGUGCAUACGGGGCAUCGGUUCCCAGGGAGCCACAAACACUAGCCAGAGCGCCGCGUUGACCCCCAGGAAUUCUACCUGUGCAGGCCGCGCUGAUGAAACGUCACCUGUGCACAAAUCUGCUUGCCAGCGAAGGGAGGAAUUAGGAGAGCUGAUUUGAAUGUUGAGCUUUACGUCGCAGGGAAGCAAUCAGAACUCAAUGGACUAUCAUUCAACUUGAUUAUUUGCAACUUUAGAAAUUGUUUCUCUGAAAAUAUUACCAAAUCUAUAAUUUGAUUAUAAAGCGUUCCUUUCACAGCUUGGAGAAUAAGCUAAUUACUUGUGGCUUCACUGCGGAUGUAAUGGAUAAGGCGCCUGGGAAGGAGACAUUUUUAGAAGCGGUUUCAUCAUGAUUCCCAAUGUUAACGAGAGUGCAGGUUAUUAAAACAGAAUAUUUCAGGAAGGAGCCUCCCUGGACCAUCAAAAUGAAGCCGCACCUGCCUGCCCGCCUGUCUGUCCGGAGGGUCGCAAAGCCAAACGUCCCCAGCCCGCAGACCUGGGGCCACCCCAGGGCACCUCCCUUCCCCUAGCGCAGUGAGCCCACGCGGGAUAUUUCCUUGUGUUGACAUGGAUUGAAGUGCAGUGUUGAUCUAAGUUUUUCUUUUUUCUUUCUUUUUUUUUUUUUUUUGAGGCAUUCACAGAGCAUCAAAAAGACAUGUUUACACUAAACACAGCAGACCUCACUUCCUGCCGCACAGGGUGCACAGGAACAAGGGGGACUGCUGUCUCCGGGGCACGUCGGCCGUCUUCUCCGGCAGGGGGUGGCCGUCGCCGGGCGCAUGACGGCCCCACGAGCAUGUGCGGCCCCGUUGCAUUCGGGGCCCUGGGAAGGAUACAGUCAGCAGCAGGGCUUCUCUGCGCAGCAGCAGCGCGGGACAGAUGGGAUGACCUCAGGACGUUCCCCAAGACAUCUGCCCUCCUCUCCCAAACUGUCCACCUGGGGCCAGUCCUUCCCGCUCUCCCUGUCCCUGCUGAGGCCUCACACCUGGGACAAGAGGGGAGAGGUGGCGACAGGAGCCUCCUCAACGGCCUCCCAUGGACUCACUCUGUCCAAUGAGCCCCCCACCCCCCCUACCCCGGGCUGCCAGACUCAGCCAGGAAGCCCGAGGUCAGGCAGAGAGCGUGGAGCCCCGGGGUCUGUGAGCGCGGGGCCAAGGCAGGUCCCUACGGCUGCCGUCUGCGCGGUCUGACACCGCUCCGGGCCUGACCUUUGUUCCCGGCAAUCCCGGUG